AUGCCUCCUGCAUUAGUUAACGAUUUUAUGGAUAAAUUGGCCCCACCGUGGGCUCCCAUUCCCAUGCUCAAUACUUCACAGGUUUUGAAAUCGUUAUAUAGUAAUAGCUCUGGAUUAAAAACGGAACUUCAGAGUGCUGUUUCCGACUAUAAAGAUUCUGCCCUUGGGGUAGACGGAAUUCCGUAUUCGUUUUUUGCAAAUGUUAAUGAUAACAUCUUAUCCUAUUACUUGCAACUUAUCAACACUAUCAUGUUAACAGGUGACAUACCUCUGUCAUGGAAGUCACAAAUAGUGUUGCCCAUACUCAAACCUAAUAAACCACCAUCACAUGCAUCUUCAUACCAAAGCAGAGGUAUGCUAUCCAAAACACAAUACGGAUUCAGAAAGGGGAAAAGUACUAUGGACAAUUUAAGUAUUUUAUCAACCGACAUUCGUCUGGCUUUCACAUAUAACGAAUCCGUAGUAGCAGCAUUUUUGGAUUUAAAUUCUGCAUAUGAUCAAAGUAAACUAGAGAUACUAGAGGUUCCUCAAAUGUUAACAAAUUUUAUUAUGAACAUACUAGCCGAACGAAAAUUAAUAAUUAGCUUACCGAAUAGUCUUGAAAUACAAAGAACUGUAUGGAGAGGCUUGCCCCAGGGAUCAGUUCUUAGUCCUUUACUUUACAGUGUAUAUAAUCACGAUUUUGACACUUUAUUUGAAAAUAAUAUUAAGUUGUUGCAAUACGCUGAUGAUUUAUUGAUUUAUUCUACAAACCGUCACAUAGAUAAUUCAACUUUGCAUAUUAACUCAGCUUUGCGUUCCUUGAGUUCUUGGAUGAACGAUAACGGUCUAGAAUUAUCUGCUUCAAAAAGUACUAUCGUAAUAUUCUCACGAAAGAAGAACCCCCCUCCCGUUAAAAUUUAUUAUAAUAAUAUAUUAAUUCCCAUUGAACCCCAAGUAAAAUUUCUGGGAGUCAUUUUGGAUUCCAAACUUACCGGAAGUGCACAUUGUGAUUUUAUUAUAAGUAAAACUGAACGACUUUUAAAUCUUCUCCGAUGUCUUUCAGGAGUUUGGUGGGGGGCCCAUUCGCAAUCCUUAAAACUAGUGUAUAAUGCAUUAAUCCGAAGUGUACUGGACUACGGAAGUUUUCUCCUAGAACCUGCCAUUUCUACUGCACUGAUAAAGCUAGAUAACAUUCAGUCGAAAGCGUUAAGAAUAAUAACUGGUGCUAUGAGAUCCAGCCCAAUAAAUGCAUUGCAAAUUGAAACUUGUGAACCCCCACUUAAUAUUAGACGUCAACUUCUUGCUAACAGAUAUCUAUUCCGUUUACUUCAAUUUUCCAAACAUCCUCUUUUAAAUCUAUUUUGUUCUUUGAAUGAAGAAAUAACAUCAGCAAGUUACUGGGCACAUAAAUCUCACCCAUGUUUGAUAGUUAGUUAUCGAAAGUAUAUAAGUAUACAAUCACGUAUACACCGAACAAACCAUCUUCCCAUUUUUACUAUUGAUUAUGAUGCCUUAGAAAUAGCACCAACUAUUCAAUAUGAUUUAAUUGAUAAAAACAAUGCACACCCAACUAUAACCUCCAAAUCAAUUAUAGAUACUGAAUAUGGCGACUUUCAUCAUAUAUUCACUGAUGCUUCUAAGUCCUCUCCGUCUGAGUGUACAGGUGUAGGAGUAUUCCACUCUCAGUUUUCUAUUGUUCAAAAAACUAAACUUCCUCCGGAGACAUCUGUUUUUACCGGAGAAUGUAUUGGUUUAUUAAAGGCUGUUGAAUAUAUUUUUGUUAUGAAACUCCGAAAAACUGUCAUAUUUUGCGAUUCAAUGAGUGCUCUUCAAGCCCUAAAUAAAUUCCCUUUCCGUACUAAAUCAUAUUUUCCUGUAAUAUUUGAGAUAAGGAAUUUUCUAAAUAAAUUCAUGAAAAUGGGAUACAUGGUAGUGUUUGCAUGGCUCCCGAGUCACAGUGGAAUUCAAGGAAAUGAAAAUUCCGACCAGUUAGCCAAAGAGGCAGUGCAUUGUGGUGACGUGCCUACUAUCCCUUUAAAGCCAUGGUUUCGUAAAGCUAAACAUGGUAAGACUGCUACUAGCAUAUUAACGCGCAUGAGACUUGGACAUGUUACUACACCAGCACAUCUCUCUAAUCUUGGAAUUGUCAGCGAUCCUACUUGCGGUAGGGAGGCGGCGAGAAAUAAGUCCAACACUCAAUCACAGAAUAACACAGUUUAUUCCACAAGCACACACAAGGAAAGUACAGAAGGAGUAAGCACAUAUAGUCCAAAGCACAAGGAAGAAAGUUCGGAAGAGAUAGAAAAAGCGUACACAAAUAACAACAAUAAAUAUAAGCUUAGCGAAGUUCACAAGCGAGGGAGCGCGGAGCAAAAUGAACGUCGACGUCCUUGCCGUGCAAAACGCAUGUUAGAUAUGUUAAAUAUAAAUAAUAAUAAAGAAGAUGAAAAAGAAGAUCUUUGCGUUGAUGAAAAAAAAAAUUCUGCUCUCUGUCUAAAUAAUAAUCCUAACGACAAAAUUUGGAAUAGCAAAAAUUCAUUAUCAGAACAAAGUUCUUCUCAAAAUAACUUGUUACACGAAGAAAUAUGCGACGGCCAUAAGAGUUCAUCUCCUGAUGGCGAUUUCGAUCCUUCAAGUAGUGAUGAAUAUAUACCUGGUUCCGAUGGAUAUAGCAGUGAUGAUUCUUAUGAUUCUACGAUAAGAUCUAAUUUGGCAUCAAAAAGAAAACUACCUAGACGAAUUUCAACUUCUGAUAGUUCAUGCACUAGUGCCUGUAGCAAAGAUAGUAAAAAUUGCGAUACAUUGGCUGAAAAUAAUAAUUACCAAAAUAUCUUGCCUGAACAACCUAAUCUAUGCAAUGAUAUACCACAGACUGUUUCGCAAAAUUGUGAUCUUAAUAACUUGCCGGAAGAACCUAAUCUGUGCAAUGGUAUACCACCGAUUGUUUCAGAGAAUAGUGAUCAAAAUAAUUUUCCUGGAGUGCCAAACCUAUGCAAUGAUUUAUCACUGACUAACUCAUGUUAUUCCGUUGAAGCAAAGUUAAACAACGUAACUGAAGAACCAAAUCAUUGCAAUGAUGUGGUACCCUCUUGUUCAUUUUGGGAUGACAAAUCUGUAACUAGAGACGGCCGUAAAGGGAAAAUAAGAGAUGCUAAAAAAGAACGAAGAAACGAAAGAAUUGCACGAAAUAUAUCCAGAAACCAAGGGCAAGAAUAUUUAACAAAGACUGGAAAGUUAAAGAAGCGAAAAGAAUUAAAAGAGUUACCGGAAUGUAGAGCGAAAUGUCAGGAAAAUAUACCGAAGCAGAUAUUGGAAAAUGUUUUUACAGAAUACUGGAAUCUAGGUUCAUAUGAAAAAAGAGCGAAUUACAUUAGUAAUUUUAUAAUUAUUGGCAAAAAGAAAGUUUCUAAAAUUGAUCCAAAAAAAAAUAGAGAGUAUGCUAAUAAAUAUGUAAUAAAAUUUGAUAACAGUGUCUAUAAUAUAUGCAAAAAAUGUUUUUUAACAACUUUUGAUGAAAGCAACAGGUUUGUUCAAACUAUUUGUGAGAAGAAAAUUAAAUGUGGAAACAUAAUAUCAAGUGAAAGGGGUCGUGCAGCAAGUUGCAAAAAAAUUCAUGACGAUCGCUUAGAAUUCGCAAGACAACAUAUUUUGAAAUUUCCAGCGUACGAAAGUCACUACGGGCGAAGCAAAACCAGCAAAACUUUUUUGAGCUCUGAUUUAUCGUUGGCUAAAAUGUAUGAUUCAUAUAAGGAAACUACAACUGAACCCAUAAGCAAAACAAUGUACAAUCACGUGUUCAAGACUUUAAAUUUAUCAUUCAAACAGCCUUCGGUAGACACAUGCCAGAAAUGUGAUAGACUGAACAAGCAGUUGGAAACUGCAACGUCUGAAGAAGUUAAGGCUGAAAUAAAAUCCCACUUGCAAGAACACCAAAAUAGCGCGACUUUCGCUUAUGAUCUGAAAGAGAAAGAUAAAAAUCAUGCAAAAGAAUCAAAUGAUACCCUUGUUUUGACAUUCGAUUUGCAACAAUGCUUGCCCACUCCUUAUCUUAAGACGGGAAUGGUAUUUUACAAACGUCAACUUUGGACGUACAAUCUUACAAUACAUGAUUGUGUAGGUAAUAAAGCUCAUUGCUAUAUUUGGAAUGAAAGUAUUUCUGGGCGAGGAGCAAACCAAAUAGCUUCAUGUGUUUAUGACUUUUUAAAAUAUCGUGUCCCUAAUCAAUGGCCCAACGUUUCAAAAAUUAUUUUUUACUCCGACACAUGUGCCGGACAAAAUAAAAAUUCUAUAAUGGCGACAAUGAUGCUUGUAGCUGCCCACGAUUUGCCAUAUAUCGUUUCCAUAGAGCACAAAUUUUUAACACCUGGCCAUACCAGAAUGGAAGUAGAUAGUGACCAUUCACUAAUAGAAAGGACUAAAAAAAGAACGUCUUUGAAUAUUCAUCAUCCUCGAGAUUGGGCACAAUUAAUACGAUCAGCAGGAAGACCUGGUAAAUUUACUGUUGUAGAGAUGGCUGAAUCAAAUUUUUACGAUUUUAGUGAGUUCUUGAAACAAAAUUUUAUAAUGAAAAAAUGGAAUGAAAACAACGUGAAAUUCGUUUGGGCUGAUGUUAAACUUCUACGAUUUGCCUUGAUUGAUUUGAUUUGUUUCCAUGCCUAG